AGGUCAAGAAGCCCACGUUGAAAGACUUUCCCCGAAGGUGGCCCCCCGGGACCACCAGCCAAUCAGGAUUAGAAAGAGCCCCGCCAGGUUGCGCUCCCUGACCCAAAGGCACACACCCCAGCGUUCCGCUUGCGCAGCGGGGCCGCACACCGCGGUUCCGGGGCUCCGCGACGACGCGCUGCCUGACCGGUAGGAGCCGCCGUCGACGAGCGACGGGUGCCGUCCAGGCCACGCCGGGUGCCGUCCCCUCGCCUCCCCCCACCCCCGCCACCGAUCCCUCAACCGGCGGACAUGGUUGAGGCAGAUCGCCCCGGGAAGCUUUUCAUUGGGGGGCUCAACCCCGAAACCGAUGAAAAAGGCCUAGAGGCCGCGUUUGGCAAGUAUGGCCGCAUCAGCGAAGUUCUCUUGAUGAAAGAUCGAGAAACCAGCAAGUCCAGGGGCUUCGCGUUUGUCACCUUCGAAAGCCCCGCGGACGCCAAGGCCGCCGCCAGAGACAUGAACGGCAAGUCCCUGGAUGGUAAGGCCAUCAAGGUGGCCCAGGCCACCAAGCCGGCGUUUGAGAGCGGGCGGCGGGGCGCGCCGCCGCCGUCCCGCAGCCGCGGUCGCCCCAGGGGCCUGCGCGGGAGCCGCGGGGGCGGCGGAGGCCCGCGGCGACCCCCGUCCCGGGGCGGGCCGGCGGACGACGGCAGCUACGCGGGGGAUUUCGAUCCGCGGCCCUCUAGGGCCCCGCUGCCCAUGAAGCGUGGACCGCCACCGCGCAGGGCCGGGCCGCCCCCCAAGAGGGCCGCACCGUCGGGCCCGGCUCGCAGCGGCGGCGGCGGCGGCGGCGGCAUGCGCGGGCGGGCUACGACCGCGCGGGGGCGAGACGGCUACGCGGGCCCGCCGCGCCGGGACCCGCCGCCUCUGCGCCGCGACCCCUACCUAGGCCCCCGGGAGGAGGGCUACUCGCCCAGAGACGGCUACUCGAGCCGAGACUACCCCCGCGAGUUUGCUCCCUCGCCCCGAGAGUACACCUACCGCGAUUACGGCCACGCCAGUGCCCGGGACGACUGCCCGUCGAGAGGCUACGGCGACCGAGACGGCUAUGGGGGGCGCGACCGUGACUACGCGGACCACCCGAGUGGAGGCUCCUACCGAGACCCCUUCGAGAGCUACGGAGACCCGCGCAGUGCCGCCACAGCGCGGGGGCCCCCGCCUUCUUACGGCGGAGGAGGCCGCUACGACGACUACCGCGGCUGCUCACCUGACGUCUACGGCGGCGGCCGCGACGGUUACGGCGGCGGCCGCAGCGACCGCUACUCGAGGGGCCGCGACCGGGUAGGCAGAGCCGACCGCGGGCUCUCCCCGUCCUUGGAAAGAGGGUGCCCUCCCCCGCGCGAUUCUUACAGCCGCUCUGGCCGCAGGAUCCCCAGGGGCGGAGGCCGCCUGGGAAGCCGCCCCGAGAGAGGGGGAGGCCGCAGCAGAUACUAAGUACCAACAGACUUGGGACCAAAAUGCCGUUUUCACAGAAACUAACGAAAAGAAGAGUCUGUGCCCUGGUAAACUACCCAAGGACUAGUACAAGGAAGAGUUGUUUUUACCUUUUAAGAAUUUUCUGUUAACCUCCUCUCCAUGAUUUUUGUGCUUUUGGGAGGAAAAAGUUAAAACUCGUUUAAUUGCGUUUUGGAAUUGUUAACGUUUCUUUCAACAAGCUCAUGUUAAAAGUGUAAGACUUGAA